AUGCCACCCGCGGCCACCACGGCCUCACCCCCCUCCGCCUUCGACCAAGACGUCUUCCUCAAAGCCCCCGGUACCCAGCUCUUCCUCAACCCGCCGCGGAUCCUGAUCAUAGGCGCCGGGUCCCGCGGCUCCGCGUACGCCAGAGCAGCCCUCGCGAGCACCAACAGCAUCGUCGCUGCCAUCGCGGAGCCUGUUGCGUACAAGCGCACCGAGUUUGGGCGGAAGUACGUGUGGGGUGGGGGCGAGCCGGAGGUGGGACAGCAGUUUGAGGGGUGGAGGGAGUGGAGGGCGUAUGAGGAGGACAGAAGGGGAAGGGAGAGGGAUGGCGAGCAGGUAGAACCCGGGAUCGAUGCGGUGUUUGUGUGUGUGCUGGAUGAGAUGCAUGAGGAGGUUGUGUGUGGGAUUGCAGGGCUCGGCGUGCAUAUCUGCUGUGAGAAGCCGUUGGCUACACGGUUGCAGAGUUGUGUGAAUAUCUACAAGGCACUGGAGAGUGCGAAGCGAGAUGGAGAGGGAGAAAGGAAAGAGACCAUCUUUGGGAUUUGCCAUGUUCUGAGGUAUAGUCCGCACAACAUGAUGUUGAGGAAUUUGGUGCUGGCGAAGGACGUUAUUGGCGAUGUGCUGAGUAUUGAGCAUGUGGAGCCGGUCGGAUGGUGGCACUUUUCGCAUAGCUAUGUGCGAGGCAACUGGAGGAAAGAGUCGAAGACAGCGCCGUCGCUUCUGACGAAGUCGUGCCAUGACAUCGACUUCAUACUUUGGAUGCUCUGCUCCCCACCGCCGAAAGCUGGCGUGGAGCCGCAUCUUCCGUCACAUGUGAUGUCUACCGGCUCUAGGAAGUUUUUCAGGAAAGAGCGAAAGCCAAAAGCGGCUGGAGAUGCGACGAACUGUCUCUCUUGCCCUCACGAGAAAGACUGCCUCUACAGCGCGCCCAAGAUCUACCACGAAAGGCACCUGCAGCAAGGCAACACGGACUGGCCUGUCAAGAUAGUAAAUCCAGAGAUCGAGGAAGUUUACAGAACAGCUGGGGUAUCAGCGGCUACGAAGCAAUUGUUCAAGGAUCUUGGUGAAAAUUACAUGGCGGACACCCCAGUCUCUGAAGUCGAAGCCAGGCCAUGGUUUGGCCGAUGUGUUUGGGAAGCAGACAACGACGUCUGCGAUGACCAGUGUGUAACCAUCACUUGGGAUGAUGAUCCACUCCUCUCGGAAGACGAUGGUCGGCCGAUCCUGAAAGGACGAGGAGCAAAGACGGCACAAUUUCACAUGGUCGCCUUUACGGAGAAGAUAUGCGAGAGACGAGGCAGAAUAUACGGCACACUUGGCGAGAUCGAGUACGACAGCACGACCAUCAAAGUGCACAACUUUGCGACUGGCAAGACCGAAGUCCACAAACCGCAUCUCGCAGCCGGCGGCCACGGAGGAGGUGACGAAGGCCUAGCGCGCCAAUUUCUCAUGGCCGCGGAAGCAGUCGAUUCCAAGCGCAUGUCUGCGGCAGACGCCCAGCGCGAGUUCCUCGGCUGCGACCUCGAGGAGGCGUUCAGAAGUCAUGCAAUGGUGUUUGCGGCUGAAGACGCCCGGACGAAGCGGCAAGUGGUCGACUGGAAAAAGUGGUGGGCAGACCAGGUGGAAGCGCAAUUACACGGAUCGUAG